GAUGGCUGAAAAAGAGAUCCAGAGCUUGCUCAGGUGUGACAUGGAUGGCCAUCACGUCAGGCAUCUUCCCUCUAAACUGCUAUCGGUGAAUGUUCUGCCCUUCAUGACUGUGUGAUGUCAGAGGAAUUCUUCUUUCAGUCCACAUUUAAGAAGGAGAACGACACUGCAACGCACAUGGCUUGUGCAUGAAGUAUUGCAGGUAGGGAAAGUCGCCAGCUAGAUUCCCGAGCUCAUCAUGAGUGACCUGGAGUCCCUGGCAGUGCCAAGGAACGAUCAUCCUAGGUACUCACUGCAGCUGGAAAACAGGAGGAGGAACGUUUUUGUAACCCAGUUAGGGGAAUACAGGGAAGAAGAGGAUAAAGAUGUUACUCAUAUCCCUAUCAUCAGCGAGGCCCCCAGCAAGAUUCUUGAGACUGAUGCAAACUCUUUGCAAAAAACCUUGGUUCUGAAGAAAGAGGUUGAAGUUGAUCGUGUCACGGCAGAGCUGAUUGCUAAGAGGCAGGAAUUUAAAGAGCGGAUGGAAGCUGUGGCUCAGCGGAGAGCACAAUUUGCCAAAAAGCAGCAGGAUAGCAGGAAUCAAGCUCUUAAAUUUGACAAGUUUCUUAAAGAAAGUGAUGUGAAGAGGAGGCGUGCACUCCAGAAAUACCAAGCAGAAGUAAAAAUGAAUGAAAUAAAACAGAGGGAGAUAGAUAAAUUGGUAGCAGAACUUGAAAAACUCAAAGUCAGACAACAGAAGCUGCAGAAGAAGGUAGCCAAGCAAAAAGUCUAUGAGGAUUUCCUACUGAAAGUCAUUGACCAAUUGCCUGACAACUAUCCGAAGUACGGUGCAGAUUCUGUCAUUGGAGCUAUCAUCAGGCGGCAUGAGACGCUGUCUGCUACAAACCAGAGCUUGAUAAAGAACUUGAUCACCCUGUCAGAUGACUUUGAGAAAAGCCAGCAUGACCUGGAAACCUUGCAACGGGAACAUGAUACCACAAAACUUAUGCUGAUUAGGGAACUGUCUGAGCUUCAGAUGAAGUGCAACAGAAUACAGGAGAAAAAUAAGCAGCUGGAAGUCAGUAUUAACCACGAGAAAGGUCACUUCAGAUAUCAGAGUCAAGAGCUAGGCAGCUUGUUGUUAGCUAUCGCCAACCUGGCUGAGCAGUGCCACAUGCAGCAUUAUGGCUCCUUGCAGGAAAUGGAAUGGUUGUCAAAGCUGGACAUGAUCCAAGAAUUCAUUUUGGAAAAAAAGCAUAUCCCGCAAUUAGCGACUCAGCCUGAUGAAUCUGGGGCCUUGCUAUCUAGUCUUGGAGACCAAACUCAGAGCAGAAAAAUGGGAAUCACCAAGAAGAAGUUCCAGAUCCAAGUUCCAGCAGGCAGUGGUGGUGUUAUACAAACUCCUAAAAACAAGGGGAAAGUGUCAGUGUGACACUGUUUUGUAUUAAUGUGUUGCAGUUUCCAAAGCAAUGGAAGAGAGGAAAUAUGCACGCUUCCUCAGACUUACUGACUUUUCUUACUGUGAAAUGCUUCUUUCUAGUGCCUUCAUUUUUAAUAUUUGUGUCUUCCAUACACUCACAAGUUUGGCAAUGGUUUACACAAUUCCUGGACUGUAACUCAAAAGGCAAAAAGCCAACCAAUAAUGCAAACGAAAAUUAUGUUGGUUUUGCUAUAUGGAUGUAGGAUUAGUCCAUUACUAACUGUGGGUUUUAUCCAUGGCACCUCCAGUGAAAUUAGUAAGGAGUCAUUUGUGAUAUUCCAUUCUUUGACUAAAAAGUAAGACUAAAAUAGAUUCAAUAAAACAUAUUGGACCACAAUGUGAGAAUAGUUAAUUUGUUGUUUGUAAAACAUACACUGAGAUCUUUAUCUGAAAAUUGCAAUGUAAAUGCCAAGUGUCAUUAUGUUGCAAUGUGUGUUUUUCUGUGGGCUUGUUUGAAAUUACAUCUGGGGACAAGUUCUCAGCUAUACUGAUUUACGGCAGCUGGCCCGAGACUUUUUCAAUGUCGUCACAAGGGUUUCAAUUCCCUGUUACCAAGGGGAGAAAUUGAAACAGAAGGUACAAAGUGACUUAGCUGGAAAAGCUAGAGGAACUCAAUGCUGAUAACAAGAAGUUCAGGACUAGGUUAAUGGUCUUUGACUCAGUUCAAGUAUAAUAUGAGUUUAAUAGCUCAAACAUUCAGAUGCUUUCUCAUGGUCAAGUCUCCCGUGACACCUAAGGAGUUAGCCAUCUAAUAAUGGCUUACAUGGAGGGGGACCAUUAAUAUUAUUAUAUUUGUAUUGUGUUUUUUCAUCCCAUCCUUCAUCUAUUGCUUGUCUUCUUUGAUUGUGAGCAUUGUUACUUAUUGUAUUACCAUUUGUUUAUUGUUAUAAGUUACUGUGACAUUCUGUGAACAUUCCCUUACCUUAAUUGUGAGCUCAACUGUGAGAAGUAAAUUUAUAGGUCCAGUUAUUAUAACAGAGCCCGAGUCAUGGACCAGCACCUCAUUGUGCUAGGUGCUGUAUAGACACAGAACAAAAAUUGCCCCACUGCACCCUCUUGGGAACCAAAGCAAGGGCUCAGUUUUAGAACCUCAAAGAUUAAUUAUCCUCAGCUCGGUCUCACUCCUUUCCCAAAACAGAAUCAUUGCUGUGUGGUGUUCUUUUAAGAAUAAAAAAAUUACUGCUUAUUGUUGAGGUGGGAAAUUGGUCUUGUGGUGAAGGUGUGGGAACAGAACUCAGAAGAGCUGGGAUUCUUUUCCUGGUCCACCACAGCCUUCCUUUGGGACCCUGAGCAAGUCAAGUCACCUACCUGUGCCUCAGUUUCCCCAUCUGUAAAAUGAGGCUAAUUCUUCCAUUAGGUGUAACUCAAUCAUAUUUGUAAAAAUGCUUUGAGAGUCUCAGGUGCAAGGUGAUACGGUUACAUUAACUGGGAUUAUUUAUCACGGGUCAGACCACAGGUUAGGAGCUUUGAAAAGAAGCUCUCAAAAAAGACCUCUACUGCAUGACUGCCCCAGAACACAGUAAGAGGGACAUGGGGAAGUCAAGCAAAGCUGUACAGUAAGAGUCUCUUAAAGGGAAAAAACAAGUGGAAAGAGCUGGGGAAGGAAAGCAUUUUCAUUGCCUAGUACAGUAGAGGAAUGCUUCAACAGCAGUUUGUCCAUGUGAAAAUCUGGCCCGCCAGUAAUUCUACCAAAGUCCAUGAGCUGUGGGGCAACAUAAAAAGGGGCAGUCAGGCAAGUUAAAGUUAUGUGAGGCUUAAUUUACCACAGUAACGUGCACUCAGCUUCACCAAGACUUUUAAAAAAUCCAGAGUGUAGGCUUUGUACACCUUAUUCAUUCAGGCCUCUUUCUCCACUCUCUUCUCCUCUCCACCAUGGGCAGAUAGUCUGCAUUUCCUUUGUGUAUUACACCUUCCACAUCUCCCAGCAUAUCCAUACAAAGUUUUACAAAGGAGAAAACUGAUGGGUAUCUUUUUAUUGAAAAAGGUGCAAUGCAUCUCUCUUUGCACUAUACAAACUAGGACUCGUCAAAAAAAUUCCCAUCCAAGCUGUUUUUUGAUGAAAAAUUGAGUUCUUGACCAAUUUGAAUUUUUCACCAAAAAAUUAAAAUUUUUGUUGAAAUAUUUCAGCUACAAACCAAAAUAUUUUGGCUGAAAAUGGGAGUUGUAGCACCUCAGAGGCGUUGCAGUUUGCUCCUCACAUCCCCUUUCUUCACUUUAUCUCCCAUAUUGCACCAUAACCAGGAACUCCAUGAUGCACAGCUUCUCCUCACCAAGAAGGGAGAUCAUGGAGCAUUACGAGUACACGUCAAGAAUUUGAUUUUUAUUACAAUUUUGUGGGAUAACAUUGACGUUUAUUUUAAAGCAUUUUUAAAAAUUAUUUUUUAUCAAUUUAAACUUUCACAGUUGCAGGAAAUGGGUGUGUGUCACACAUUUAACAACAGUAGAUGUUCAGAUUCAAAAUGUUGAAGCUUUAAACCUGUUAAAACACAAAUUGUCAACAGCACAUGUCAAAAUAUACAAAGUAGAUAUGCUAAAAUCAAACUCUAAUAAGUUCUCAAGGGGCAUUCUUCUUACCUUGCCUAUCUGUACAUUUCUAUUACCGAUGGAAAUAUUUUUUGUUGGUUUGUAUGUGUAUGGUGAGAGCGACAUUUACUGAGAUUUACCGGUAAAAAAAAAUUCGGAGCCUAAUUAUGGGAGAUGUAGUGCAGCUGAUGAUCCUGGCACAUAGCAGAGCAAACUACAGCUCCCAGGUGGUGCCACAGUUCAUGUUUUCAGGGAAAAUCUUUGAGUUUUCAGAGGAAAAAAAUGAAAUUUCAGAGAAAGCAGAAGUUUUUUUGUUUUCAUCAGAAUUUUCCGGGGGGGGGGGGGGGGAAUGUGCAGAUGAGCUCAAAUGGUGAAUUCUGGGACAUAUGAACUGUAAGUGAGACCAGAACAGGGCUUAAAUUCUGGGUUUUGUGCUUAGUUACACCCUUAUAAGCUGAAGUGAUGGUUAUCCCAGAUUUACACCAGUGAAACUCGGAAUGGAAUUUAGCCCUUAAAACUGCAACAUCAUAAGUCCUGAUUCUCCUGGCAUUACAUGUGUUUAGUCAUUUACACCUGGACAAAGUGGUGUAAAAUGCUACCAAAUCAAAGUGCAAAGGGGGUGUAAAAUGAUGCCAUUCUGAUCUGGAUGCGUCCUACCUCAACUCUGCACAGCUAUAAAUAACUAUGCGUGCAGGGGAGUGGAGCAUCAGAUGCACAGUAAUAUAUACAGUCCUGUUAUAAUAAUGAAUGUUGCAUUCUUCAAGGCCUCAGCCAGUUCACAAAUGGUGCAGGGACAGGGUGUGAUCUGGGAAGGUCUGAUGGGUGUCUGAACCUUGCUCCCACGAUUCCCUCGGAUGCUAACAGGGAUCCUACAAUAUGCCGUGAAGGUUGCCCACAAUGCAUUGUGAAGGACUCAGAGAUACCUGCACACACUAUACCAGCUUACAUCAAUGCAGUGUGGCCCUGUGUAGACACAAGCAUGCCCUGGUGCACAAGUAACAGUGUCAACACACAACCCAAAUAGCUGCAUCAAUUUAGUUGAACUGAUAUAACUUUCUUUGGCAAAACUUCUAUGUGCAGACAAGGCCUUGGAAGAAGUCAAGUGAAUUACACCAGCUGAAGAUGCUGGUCCCAAGCAUUGAUCAGUUAUGUUCUCAGUUAAUAGCUGCAUAAAGCAGAGUUAUUCCAGAUUUACACCUGGGGAAGAGAUCCCAGAGUUUGGCCGUCUGCCAUUGCCGAUGUGUUUACUUGUUUUGAAACUGUGACUGUCAAGUGAAAUUAAGUGGAUUUCUUAGCACAUUUGUCAUAUUACUUGUGUGUACAUUUUCCAAGCAACGUUUCUGCAGUUAUAAUUAAAUCGA